AUGGUAUUCCCUCUCCGUCUUCGAGUUCCGCGCCGGCAGUCGCCAGAGGCGCACAAAGGGCGGGGAAUGGGAUUCACCAGUGACACUGCAUCCAAGGCCGGUAAGGCAGAGCGCCGAGUUCUUUUCUCGUUCGAUGAGAUGCCGGAAUGGUUCCGACAUGAAUCCAGCCAGUGGAUUCUCCGUGGCUAUCGGCCUAUCUCGGGCUCGGCUCACGCUUCGUUCGGUAGUUGGUCGUAUAUCCACAACGAGUCCGUCAACAUCUAUUCCCACCUCAUCCCCGCCAUUUUCUUCCUACUCGGCGAGUGGUAUCUCCAGCAGUACCUUACCAGCAGAUACUCCCGAGUCACUGGCGCCGACUUUAUUGCUUUCUCCAUCUUCAUGUUGACAGCCGCCACGUGCCUGUCGCUGUCGGCGAUAUACCACACCUUGAUGAACCACUCUCAACACGUAGAACAUCUCUGUUUGCGACUGGAUAUGCUGGGAAUAGUGAUAUUCAUACUGGGUGACCUUGUCUUGGGAAUAUACAUGACCUUCUGGUGUGAACCUUUACCACGCAAUAUCUACUGGUCUAUGGUCUCCCAACUUCGCACUCAAGACAGAAAUUGGCCCCUAACACAUUUGGUUCUGAAGACCAGGUUCCCCGAAAGCCAAUAUCCUGGCAAGUUCGACCUAUGGGGCUCCCAUUCGAUAUUUCACAUCCUGGUGGUAAGCGCUGCUGUGGUCCAGUUAAUGGGGUAUCUGGAUGCAUUCGACUAUGCGCAGGCAAAUCUUCCUUGCUCGUCUCUUUGA